AUGCACUAUCAUCGCAAUGCAGCAACUCGAUCUGUUUCUCAGGUUUCUGCAUCCUCUUCCGCUGCCUCUGGGACAGUCAGUAAUUCAAAUGUGAAUGUCACUUCUCGUCGGAAUUCACCCCAUCGGGUAAUUGACGCAAGAUCGCUCGCUGUUCCGAAAGCCGGCAGUCUAUCGUCCAAUAUUAUUCGGAGCCCUCGUUUUCAGAGAUCUAGGACUGGAGCGCAAACUCGCGGUCGUAGAUCCGGGACUAUACAUCGCACUCAGACUGCCGUACCCAAGGGGCGGAAGCAGGGUAACGGGAGGGCACAGCGAAAGCGCACAGACGUUGAGGAGGUGGACGAAAUCUCGCAGGCUGAGGUUGAAGAAGCAUAUGUCCAACUGUCCAAGGCAUCCGUGCCUGUUCCUACUCGCUAUACACCGCAACCCCCUGAGUCUAAUUUGACGGAGACUUGGCCAUCUUUACCGACAGGCGUCACUGCCAGGACUGCAGGAGUUGUUGAAAAGCUUUCUUGGCUGAGCGACCGCUUCCCGAAUGGCUAUGUGCCCCCUCAUGAACUGGGCAAGCGACUUUUCGAAGGUCGAAGCGUCCAGUUUUUCAAUCAGGAUGAAAAGAAUAAUGCUGUGGCGGAGGCGCAAAAGCUUGCACGAAAACGUGCCGAUACCCUCUCACAGAGAAAAGGAGAUCUUGUGGAACCUGAAGAUGUGGGUUUUAAGCAGAUGAGUGCCCUGGACAAGAGAGCCUUGGUCGAAAAGCUUGUUCAAGGAAACUACCCAAAACUGGAGAUAGUAUUGGCCGAUAAGCCAUCUGUCCUUGCUGGGGUUGUGAAGAACCUCAAUAAUAAUGAGACGUACCGGACUGCCGGAAAGAGUUCACAACUUAUCUCAAAAGUUGAAUCACUUCUUGCUUCAGGUCGCCCUGCAUCCGCGAAAAGACUCUGA